AUGUGCGAUUUCGUUCCUCUCCCAAUCGUGUGCUUCCAAUGCGGAACCGAUCAAAACCCAUGUCAUUGUAAGGUCAUUGGGCCUACUAUUGGCUUCGUAGUCACCGUCGGCAUGGCUAUCGUCUGUUGGCCAGCAUCGCUUCUCUGUUGCUGUUGCGCAACUGAUACGGGAAAGAGCGUGUUGGCUUUACCUGUUGACACGGGCAAUUCUAUCAGCAAUGCCAUUCCCAUAUGA